AUGGCUCUACCAUGGCCACUUUGGUAUUUGGAGGCUUGCAAAGCUCUCUCAUACCCCCACAGUAACAACAACAACAAUAAUAAUAAUCAGAAUAACAGCAAAAACAAGUUAAACAGCAACAACACUGCAUCAAUUCAGCAACAACAACAAUUGUUGGCUUUUGAAAUGAUGCAAAGAAUGGCGUACCAACAACAAAUACAACAACAUCAACAGCAGCAAAAGCAGCAUCAACAACAACAUGUUAAUGAUAACAGCAGAAACGACAACAAAAAUAUUUUCAAUGGUAACGAUGACGUCAGCAAACGAAGUAAAAGUAAAAAGACCAAAAACCUCUCCAGCACAGACGAGAAUAUUGAUAACGGGGAUGAUGAUGAUAACAGCAGUGUUAGUAAUGAUGAUGAUGAUGAAGAUGGUAAUGAUGAUGAUGAAAGGAUGAAUACAGCAGCUGAUGUCGACCAAAGUGAUGAUAAAAAAUCAAACCAUAGCGUUGAGUCUGCCUGUAACAAGAACAACAAUAACAACAUUAAUAACAACUUCAUUGAAAACAACAAUAGAUACAACAACAGUGGUUAUCUUAAAAAUGAUCACUCACCUCUAACUAACAACCACAACAACAACCACAACAACAAAUACGAAGAUGACCAACACUGCAACGAAAAUUACCGCUACAACAAUGACGACAGCAGGUCUUUUAAAACGUCAUCGGCAAACUACUUCAAUUUCAAAAACAACAGUAGCAAUAGCAUCGACAGCAACAACAACAGUACAAACAUUCACAACCACAACACUGAUGCCACCAGUAAAUCGAAAUCAGCAUCUAAAAAGAAAGAGGAGAGCGACAAUAACAACAAAAACAACAACAACCAAACAAACAAUAACAACAAACGCCGUAAACAACCCCGCAAAGCUCUGCUGACAACUCAGCAGCGUAGACAUGACGUCAUCAACGGUUACCAUGACAACAACGACAAAGAAACAUACAAAAUCAAUUCAUUAAAACUUAACAAACAAAUUCGACCGAGUGGUCCAACAGAUGACAAGCCACAGGAUACGGAAACAGCGGGAGAUGAAAGGAGGAUACAACAAUGCAAGCAGCUGGGAUUGCUGGCUCACCAUGGAAUUGUCACCUCCCUCUACAAGCCACAAGAUGGCUGCCACUUCCAGUUCAAUGCAUCGGAUGAUGGAGCUGAUGGAGAACGUAGUGUUUCGAUGGAGCAUGAUCGCGUCAACACACCCAACUCCUUAUCAUCGAGCACCGACAACAACGAGGAUGCUGGUGGUGACGAUUUCAACAACAUCAAGACUGCUGCUGCUGUUGCUGAUGAUGAUGACGAUGACGACGACGAUGAUGGUAGGGAUGGUUCUCGAAGGAAUGUCCAAAAUAUAAAGAAUCGUUCCACUGAUGAUGAUGAUGAUGAUGACAACCAAGAUGAUGAUGAGGAGGAGGAGGAGGACAAAAAGAAGAAGAACGAUAAUGAUGAUGAUGAUGCAGAAACUGACGAUAAUAACGGAUGUGAUGACGAGAAUGAUGAUGACGACAUGAUGGAUGAAGAAAGUAGAGCUUUGUAUGGAUUGCUCAGGAAUCCUGCAUUCAACCCUUGGGGAUAUGCUGAUGGAUUGAGUGAGUUGUUUAUUAAAUAA